AUGGUUGCUCCUCAUCACACUACUGAUUCAACAACCACUAAUGAAGAAGAUGUUUCGCAACCACUUAUGAAGAUUCAAACUACUAAUAUUCAUCUUGUUCCAUAUCUUGAUCAAUACCCGAAUGCAUUACGGAUGCUUGUUCAAACCUUCAACAACUCAGUGUUAUCAACUACACGUUCAUGGUCGUUUUCAAUUCGGAUAGAAUGGCUUGCACUUGCUGGUUCAACUGUUUUAUUCAAAAAAACUACUAACAUGGUAUCGUUUCAGCUAUCGAAUUCAAAAACCAAGAAACUCACUCAGAAGCAAUUUGCCCAAAUUCUGAAGUUACCAGUUUCAGGUACAAACUAUGAAGUCUCGAAUGAUCAGGUGCUUCAUAUGUUUAAUGAAAUGGGGCAUCAACCAACUCUUACUGGAAUAAGUCAUUUUAAAAUUUCUAGUCUUCCCUAUAUGUGGAGUUUUUUUUGGUAUUGUGCUACGAUGCUUAACAGGAAGAAGCUUUGGGCUCCACAAAUCCAAGCUUGA